UGACUUGAACUUGCCCCUCAAACUCUUGAGACUCGACUUCCAAAAAAUGACUUUGACUCUGCCGUGACACCCCUAGUUUAUAAUCUCACGCAUGUUUUUGGAUUUAGUGUCUACAUGUGGGGUAGGCGGGGUUGACAUGAACUGUCCCACAGACCCUCCCACUGGGUCUAGCAUUCAGGUGCAGCUCCCUUCCUCCCUCUAUAAAGCCUCUCAUGUUAGCUGUGUAAACUUCAGACUUCAACUCAUGGUAAACUUGUUUACAACCUUGGAAAAAACUUACAUUAAGUGGUUAUUCUUAACUGUUAAAGAGCACACAACAAGCUUGGAUGUGCAUCAGAAAUUCUCUAUAUUAAGUUACAAGCUCAAGCCUGAGCUCCCAGCCAAAAUGAAAUUAGUCUUGCACACUGUCAUCUGCUGCUGUGUUUUCACCACUGUCCUGCCACUGGUGAAGGAUGCCACAGGGCAGAUCAACACCAGUCUGAAAAAAAGGCUUAGAGUAUGGCUGCAGAGCCGUAUAAAGAGAGACCUGUGCAACAGCUUAUUGACAGCCAAUGAGCAGCACUCUGAUGUUGGACCACAGCAGGACAAGAUUGCAAAAAAUGUCUCACCUCCAUCAAGCUUUGGGCUAAAUAUCAGACGCAGGAGGUCAACAUCAACCAAAUCAUCCGGCUGCGUUCUAGUCACAUGUUCAUACCACGACCUGCUCUACCGACUGCACCAGAUCAACAACAAGCAAAAAGAGGCCAAUGCUCCUGAAAACAAGCUUGGCUCAACAGGCUAUGGCCGCCGCCGCCGCCGCUCACUCCUGGAUGUCGCUCAGCUCACCCUGCAGACAGGAAGACGGAGCACUGAAGCUGGUCAGCGAGUCCACAGACACAAAAGCACACGCAUAGUGGCCUAAAGACAGGCAUGGAAGUGCAAAGGAGAAUCCUUGUUGGGGUUAUUUGCUCACAGCAGAUCAAGAUAAGUCCCUUCAAAGGUUUUAUUCCACAGCUUCAUCUUUACAGUCCAUCAGAGGAAGAUUUGCUCAGGUCACUCUGGAUAAAAGCGAGAUUUCUAUAAUAGAUUUGAGCAUGCUUAGGUGCAGGUUUCAAUGUGUCUGAACAAGUGUGUGAUUUAUGGAUCAAGUCAGACCUGUGAAACUUGACAAGAAUGUCCGUUUCUCCUUCAGCUUCCAAAGUGAGCUUGGCAGCUGAGAUAGAAGACAAUUUCUGAAGAUCUUCUCUGAAAUACCCGUAAACUGAAGAGGAACCGAGGCCGCGACAGGGAGGAUUUUGUCCAACAUUACUAAGCCCCAAACCGCCACGUGCAAGAUCCUUUCACAAGUGAACUUCAUGUUGUGAACUGCUUGUGAAGUGCAAUUUAAACAAUAUUUACUACUAUAUAAAAAAAUGUAUAAUUAUCCGCUUGUAUAUAAGGAUAUAUAAAGCUACCUUAUAUUUAAGUAUACAACUAUAUUUUUAUACAGCCAAAAUACAUAUUAAACAUCCCUUUUUUAUUGUUUGACUUCAAUGAAGUAUGUAUCUUAACUGUGUCCUUUAUUCAUGUAAAUUAAGUAUCUUUUCACUGACUUAUGGGUUAUAUUUUUGUAACAUUAUUGUGAUGAUUAUACAUUAUUGGAAACUAUUCAUAUUAGAGAUGUUUCAAAGACGUAUGUUGAAAGUCUUACAUUGCAGCCUAAGAACAACUGCAAAGUAGUCAUCUAGUUUUUGGCCUUGGAGAGUGAUGACUGAAGUACAAGUAAAAGUGUUGUGCUGCCAUCUAGCGUUACAGUACGAUACAUAUAACAAAUGCAGGCCAAGCGGUUUCAAAAUCAACAAAGCAUGCUAAAUGUUUCAUCUCAUUUUAGAAAUUUAGAAAUCUUCUUUAUUUACAUGUAAUAAAUCCUAAUUUACUCACAGUCCAGCUGAAAUUACUUGGCGUGGUAUUAGGUAAUGUGAUUUAUGGUCUUGUUGUGGUGAACGUGGCAGGAACUGUAAUGGUUUUCAGCUGGCUGCGACGUCCUUGUUUUCAAAAAAAUGUAUUAGUGCUACAAUGAAAAGAAUUUGAAGCAACUUGUGACUGAUGUUAUGUGGUGACCUAAUAUCAAAUAUUCUGCUUGUGCACACUGACAGUUUAUGUGCCCUUUUAUGUUGGUAUAUGUAGGAAUAUAUGAUUAACUCUUGAGUGUUAUAAAGUCUACAGUGGUGUACAUUCCAUUCUAAAAAUAAGACAUGGUUUAUCAGCUGCACGCUCCCAAAGAAACACACAAAAUUGUGUAAUCACAGCAUUUCAACAACAUUUAUUAUCUUUCGGCGAAGAAUUUAAGUUUUGAUGAAUGGAGAAAAAGGAACAGUGUUCUCCGCUUCAAAUCAGGAA